UCAAUCUCUCAAUCGAUUCCCACAAAUUUGAUCAUAAUUGAUUCAAUAAUUAAGAUGGAUUAACAAUAAUCGCUGGGGUCAUACGCUCGAGGUCAUCAUCUAUCAAUAAAAAUUAGUCUAAUGAAGUUGGAAAAGAUAUUAUGCACUCUUCAUCGCAAUCAAUUAAAUUACAAGAAUAAUCUAAUCUGCAUUUCGUAAGGAGUAAUGAUGAUGGGAUAUGUGCGCGAGGGAAAUAUACGUAGUGUAAUCAGUGUACGUUGACCAGCAAAAGCGACAUUGUGCUGCUGCAAACGUCAUGACUGUAAUUUGGUUGAACUUCACUGCAAUUGAUAGCAGAAGCCUCCAACUGUUGUAGUUCAGGGGUAAAGCGAUCAAAGGACUCAAAGGUAGAGAUUUUUCAUAUUUCUGACAUUAUUUUACGAAAUGAUGAGUUCGUAUCCAAAUCAUAUAAAUUGCUAUCAACUGACGGAUAAACAAAGACAGUAUGCGGCGAGUGUUUUGAAUGAACGGGAGGAUGGACCCGCGAAAGUUCAAGAGGUGCGAGAGUGGAUUGAAACGCAUAAGAAUCUCCGUGCUCCAACAGAUGAUUUCACGAUUCAGAGGUUUUUGAGGGCUUGCAAGUUUGAUGUUGAGAGAGCCAAGGAGAAAAUAUUCAACUACCAUGCGCAGCGAUCUGCCUCACCCGAUUGGUUCGCCAAUAGGGAUCCAAUGAUACCGGAACUGCAGGAUAUGUUCAAAAUGGGGCCUUUUCUGCCUCUAAACGGAGUUGAUGAUGAAGGGAGAAUUGUAGUUCUCCUCCGAGUGUGCAUCCACGACCCUGCCAAGCAUUCCAUAGCAAAUUUCUUAAAGGUAAAACAAAAUUGA